AUGGAGGAUGCAAAUCACACCACAGUGACCGACUUCAUUCUUCUGGGAUUCACAACAAACCUGAAACAGCAACUGAUUUUGUUUGUAGUGUUUCUAGUAAUAUAUUUGGCCAGCCUGGCAGGGAAUAUGACACUCAUUGCUCUAAUCUGCAGCAGCGCUCACCUCCAUACGCCUAUGUAUUUCUUCAUUGGGAACCUCUCCUUCCUGGACCUCUGGUAUUCCUCCGUCUAUACACCGAAAAUCCUGGUGAACUGUGUCUCUGAGGACAAGAGCAUUUCCUUUGGUGGUUGUGCCGCCCAGUUCUUCUUCUCAGCUGGCCUUGCAUAUAGCGAGUGCUUCCUCCUGGCAGCCAUGGCUUACGACCGUUAUGUGGCCAUUGCUAUGCCACUGAUGUAUGCCACUGCUAUGUCCAGAAAACUAUGCACAGCGCUAGUGGCCCUCUCAUACCUAGGUGGGUUCAUCAAUUCCACAUUAAUCACUAGUGAAACCUUUACAUUGAGCUUCUGUGAUGGCAACAUCAUUGACGACUUCUUCUGUGACCUUCCCCCAUUGGUGAAGCUAUCCUGUAAUGUGCCUGAGAGCUAUCAGUCUGUGUUGUACUUCAUUUUGGCUUCUAAUGUAAUUACACCAUCAGCACUUAUCCUUGCCUCUUAUGCCUUCAUCCUGGCUGCCAUCUUGAGGAUCCGUUCCACUGCAGGGAGACUGAAAGCCUUUUCUACGUGUGCAUCUCACCUGACUGCUGUCACUUUGUACUAUGGCUCCAUCCUCUUCAUCUACUCACGCCCCAGCUCCAGCUAUGCCUUAGAGAGGGACAAAGUAGUCUCUGUUUUCUACACAGUGGUGAUCCCUAUGCUCAAUCCCCUCAUCUAUAGCCUCCGGAACAAGGAUAUAAAAGAUGCUCUGAAGAAACUGGCAAUGAAAUGGAGGAUAGCAUAA